AUGAAGCUCUUGAAGCGAAAGCGGCACAACUUCUUUGCACAAGUAUCGCAGGUAUUACACUUGCUCAGAUGCAGCCUCACCAGCAUAGAGGUAUCGUAUCGUAUCACUUUUGUGCCUUGGACGCGUGGUAGACGAGGAGGGAGCUUGGUAGGUACAGUGUGUGAGUCACUGAGUGCGUUCCCAGCUCUCACGAGUCACGAGUGCUUGCAGCGAACAUGCAGAUGUCCUACUGCGUUCCCCUCUAA